AUGAUUUUUUCUUUUUUUUUUUCCUUGCAGCCGAAUGAUUAUGUGAAAGAAAUCGCUUCUGGUUUACAACCAAAAGAUGUCAUUAAAGUGAAGGGUUUAUUCCGUCCUGAAGGUGAACGAUUCUUCAUCAACCUGAAAUCUGGAGAGGAAAUUCCAUUGCAUUUUAAUCCCAGACGUGCAGAAGGUGAGGUUGUCAUGAACAAUUACUCAAGCAGUGAUGAAUGGGGAGAAGAAUUGAGAGAACCGCUUCCUGAAUCUUUUACCGAUUUUGUUCCUUUUGAAGUCAAAAUCAAAGUCCGAAAAGAUAAAUUUAAGAUAUACAUCAAUGAGAGAUCUUAUGCAAAGUUUUAUGUGCGACAAGAGAUUGAUCAUGUCUAUGGUAUCAACGUUGGUGGUGAUGCUGACUUUUAUCAAGUCAAAUUGCUCAGACGUAUGGAACCACCUUACAUUGAAGAACUUCCAAGUGCAAUGGAUUAUGGCCGUUGGCUUCACAUCACUGGAGCUGUCAUCAAACAUCAGGAAAGAUUCCAUGUUGAACUGAAAAGUGGUGACAAUGUUGCCCUUCACUUCAACCCUCGUAUCCCCGAUCAGGUUGUUGUCCGCAAUUCCUUCUUGGAUGGGGAAUGGGGUGAAGAAGAUAGAGAGAAUACCUACUUUCCCUUUGAAGAAUCUGAACCAUUUGAGAUUUUCAUCUCAAGUCAACCUGAUGCCUAUAAAAUCUAUAUCAAUGGAGUAUUCUUUGCUGAUUAUCCGCACAGAAUGCCUUGUCAGAGUGUAUCACAUUUACUUGUUGCUGACGCUGAACAAUUUUUCAAGAACCACUUUUAUUCCUUUGAACAGGCAAAUUAUAAUGGCAAUAUGGAAUCUCCAUCCACCAGUGAUACAUUGAUGACUACUAAUGCACUUCUGCUUUCUUUAUAUUUGUCUGUCUUUUUCUUUCUCGCCAUUUUCUGUGAUACAAUCCUCAGGAUGCGUCGUCUUCGAGCUAUCUAUCUAUCUAUCUAUCUAUCUAUCUAUCUAUCUAUCUAUCUAUCUAUCUAUCUAUCUAUCUAUCUCGGUCUAUUAAUAUCUAUCUAUUUAUCUAUUUCAGUACCUUCGUUUUUAUUUUAUUCAUUAUCUAUCUAUCUAUCUAUCUAUCUAUCUAUCUAUCUAUCUAUCUAUGAGGAGCUUCCGCGAACACUGUCCUCCGCGCCCCCGAGAAGGUGGGGCGCCGAGGGCGUAGGAAGCGCCGCGUGGAUCGUCCGACGAGAAGAAACCGGUUCGCCACGUGUAACGGAUCGAGUUUUCGUUUCCUUACGGCAUUACCUUCUAAGGCGCAUUAUGGGCGUCCGGCGACCGCGAACGGAGGCCGGCCAGCCGCUUCGCUUCGACGGAUAUUACGUAGAUGUGUGA